AUGUACAAAGUGAGAAUAGGGAUGAACACAUUAUCGACGCAAGAAGCGAAGCAACUAUUCAUGCGAAAAAGUUUUACAACCAACAACAUAUGUACUUAUCGUGGAUCUUCUAAAGAGCGAAGAUCAACUCGAAGCCAUCAGAAAACAGGUCAGGCUGACAAUCAGGCAAAGGAGUAUACAAGAGUUAGUGAAUCUGAGAAGGCUUUACAGAAAAAGGUGGAAACUUUAAUGAGUGAAUUGAAUGAGGAAAAGAAGAAAUCGAGAGAUUUUGAUACUUUGAAAAAACAAGCUAAUCAACAGAAUGAUGAAUAUUUGAAAUUGACUGACAAGUAUAGUGAGUUAGAGAGAAAGCAUGAAAAUCGGCCAGAAGAAGAUAAGAAAAAGUCGUAA